GUAGCUCCCUGUUUGUUUAGAGAGCUUUGCCUGCACAUAUUGAAUUGCUCUUUUCCCUCAUCCAGUCAGUUUAAGCAGUGUCCCUAAAUUCACCCUCAGUGUAACUCCUGUUUCUGCUCCUCCUCUUCUUGGAACUGUUCUUUUGUUUGUCUGGCAGCCCUGGUUGUAUGGGGGUGUAUGAUGAUAAUAAUACCCCAGUGCUUAUGUAACCCUCUCAUCUUGCAAGCACUUGACAAAACCUUCACUAAUGAAGCUCCUGUAUCCUGUGGCCUGUAUCGGAUGGUAGCCCUUCCCCCCUUGACAGAUAGGAAAACUGAGGCUGAGAGGUUGAGGAAUUUGGCAGAGACCACUGGCUAGCUCAACAGCAGAAUUGAGAGUUUCCCCUGCUCCGGAGGGUAGCCUCCUGAGGUCAAAAGAGAUAAGAAACAAUGAGUUUUGGGAAGGAAAGCCUAUUGUCACUACAUCUCUGUUAUUCUACAAACUUCUGAAUUUCAGGACAUAUUUCCUAGAGAAUAUCUGGAAGGCAACCUUUGUGAGUACUGUAGGCCACCUACCUUCUUCUGGAUAGUUGAAUUUGUCAAUGGCAUGCAAGUUCACCAAGACAAAAUAGUAGCAGAAAAUCUUCAAAGGACUCCAUCAACAGAUGUUCCAAAAACCUCUGCAGCACUGAAAUUGAUUACUCAACCCAAAUACUUAAUUCAAGAUCACUGACAACCAAGAAACAAGCAUUUGGUCUAUUUUUCAACACUGAAACAUCUACAAUGAAGUCCUAUUGCUGGACUCUGGUUUUGGCUGUCAUCGGUACAGAAUUGCUGGGAAGUUUCUGUACCACCAUCAAAUCCCCACGGUUCAGAGGGCGUGUGCAGCAAGAACGAAAAAACAUCAGACCCAAUAUUAUUCUUGUGCUUACAGAUGAUCAAGACGUGGAGCUGGGAUCCUUGCAAGUGAUGAAUAAAACAAGAAAAAUCAUGGAGCAUGGAGGAGCCACUUUUAUUAAUGCCUUUGUCACCACCCCUAUGUGUUGCCCCUCACGAUCCUCUAUGCUCACUGGGAAGUAUGUCCACAACCACAAUGUGUACACCAACAAUGAGAACUGUUCCUCCCCUUCCUGGCAGGCAAUGCACGAACCACGCACAUUCGCUGUGUACCUCAACAACACCGGAUACAGAACAGCUUUCUUUGGGAAAUACCUCAACGAAUAUAAUGGGAGCUACAUCCCUCCUGGGUGGCGAGAGUGGCUUGGAUUAAUCAAGAAUUCUCGUUUCUAUAAUUACACUGUUUGUCGCAAUGGCAUCAAAGAGAAGCAUGGAUUUGAUUAUGCCAAGGACUACUUCACAGACUUAAUCACUAACGAGAGCAUUAAUUACUUCAAAAUGUCUAAGAGAAUGUAUCCCCAUAGGCCCAUAAUGAUGGUUAUCAGCCAUGCUGCACCCCAUGGCCCUGAGGAUUCAGCACCACAGUUCUCAGACCUCUAUCCAAAUGCUUCUCAGCACAUUACUCCCAGUUACAACUAUGCACCAAAUAUGGAUAAGCACUGGAUUAUGCAGUACACAGGACCCAUGCUGCCCAUCCACAUGGAAUUUACAAAUGUUUUGCAGCGGAAAAGGCUUCAGACUCUGAUGUCAGUUGAUGACUCUGUAGAAAGGUUAUAUAAUAUGCUUGUGGAAACUGGAGAACUGGAUAACACCUACAUCAUUUACACAGCAGACCAUGGAUACCAUAUUGGACAGUUUGGAUUGGUCAAGGGGAAAUCCAUGCCAUAUGACUUUGAUAUCCGUGUUCCUUUCUUUAUUCGUGGACCAAGUGUAGAACCAGGAUCAAUAGUAUCUCAGAUUGUGCUGAACAUUGACCUGGCUCCCACCAUCCUGGAUAUUGCUGGGCUUGAUACUCCUCCUGAUGUUGAUGGCAAGUCUGUCCUCAAACUACUGGACCUAGAAAAACCAGGUAACAGGUUUCGAACAAACAAAAAGACCAAAAUUUGGCGUGAUACAUUCCUAGUGGAAAGAGGCAAAUUCCUACGUAAGAAGGAAGAACCUAGCAAGAAUGCCCAGCAGUCAAAUCACUUACCCAAAUAUGAGAGGGUCAAAGAACUUUGCCAACAAGCACGGUAUCAAACAGCUUGUGAACAACCCGGACAGAAGUGGCAGUGCAUUGAAGACACAUCUGGAAAACUUCGAAUUCACAAAUGUAAAGGAUCCAGUGAUCUGCUUGCAGUCCGGAAGAGAACUCGAAGUAUCCACUCUAGGGGCUUCAAUAAUAAAGACAAAGAAUGUAAUUGUGGGGAGACUGAUUAUCGGGCUAGCAGAAGCCAGAGGAAAAACCAGCGACAGUUCCUGAGGAAUCAUGGCACUCAAAAAUAUAAGCCAAGGUUUGUCCACACUCGUCAAACCCGCUCCCUAUCUGUGGAAUUUGAAGGAGAAAUAUAUGAUAUAAACUUAGAGGAAGAAGAGCUGCAACUGUUACGCCCAAGAAGUGUUUCAAAGCGCCAUGAUCAAGGCCUUAAAUCUCCAGGAGUCCACAAUGCUGCUGCAGAUGUUGGUGAUGGUGAAUUAAUGCUGGCCGAUGGUCCUAACACAGUGGGACAAUCAGACACUGUCCGAGUGACACAUAAGUGUUUUAUUCUUCCAAAUGACACAAUCCAUUGUGAGAGAGAACUCUAUCAAUCAGCCAGAGCCUGGAAAGAUCACAAGGCAUACAUCGAUAAGGAGAUUGAAGCUCUCCAAGAUAAAAUUAAGAAUUUAAGAGAAGUGAGAGGACAUCUAAAGAGAAGAAAGCCUGAUGAAUGUGAUUGUAACAAGCAGAGCUAUUAUAAUAAAGAAAAAGGUGUGAAAGCCCAAGAGAAAUUGAAGAGUCACCUUCACCCGUUCAAAGAGACUGCUCAAGAAGUGGAUAGUAAACUACAGCUUUUCAAAGAGAAUCGGAGAAGGAAGAAGGAGAGGAAAGAGAAGAAGAGACAAAAGAAAGGGGAUGAAUGCAGCCUGCCUGGACUUACCUGUUUCACACAUGACAAUAACCACUGGCAAACAGCACCAUUUUGGAACUUGGGAUCUUUCUGUGCCUGCACAAGCUCAAACAACAAUACCUACUGGUGUUUACGAACAGUCAACGAGACACACAACUUUCUUUUCUGUGAGUUUGCUACUGGCUUCUUGGAAUACUUUGAUAUGAAUACAGAUCCCUACCAGCUCACAAAUACAGUCCACACAGUAGAAAGAGGCAUCUUGAAUCAGUUGCAUGUACAACUGAUGGAACUGAGAAGCUGUCAGGGUUAUAAACAAUGCAAUCCAAGGCCUAAAGGACUUGAAGCAGGAAAUAAAGAUGGAGGAAGCUAUGAUCCACACAGAGGACAGUUAUGGGACGGAUGGGAAGGUUAAGCUGCCAAACUUCACCGAAGACAUCAACUGGCAAGGACUGGAAGUUUUAUAUAAUAUAAAUGAAAGCUCCUAUGAAUACAGAUACAAC